AUGAGCCGGGAGUUGUUUCUACGCAUUGUCAAUGCGCUAGAAGUCGAUCCUUACUUCCAACAACGUCAGGAUGCUGUUGGCCGCUUAAGCUUCUCCCCGAUCCAGAAGUGCACUGCCGCUGUUCGACAAUUGGCAUACGGAACUUCUGCUGAUUGUUGUGACGAAUAUCUCCGUAUAGGAGAGUCGACGGCGUUGGAAUGCUUGAAGAAAUUCUGCAAGGCCGUCGUUCCGGGGCAUGAAGUGGCUGUGCACUUCCUCGCCAACAAUUCUCACCACACUCGAGGAUACUACUUAACAGACGGCAUCUAUCCGGAUUGGCCGGUGUUCGUGAAAAGCUUCCAGUUUUCGAACGAUGAGAAGAAGCGGAGGUUCAAGGAGAUGCAAGAAGCUGCAAGGAAGGAUGUGGAACGAGCUUUCGGUGUUCUUCAGGCUCGGUGGGGUGGAAAUGCAAGUAAUUUUGACGGUGACGACGGCGAGGGACCAAGUUCUACUCCUCAAACACAAUUCAAUUCCGGAGCACCACCGGAGUUCGCCGCCUAUUUGGCACGGAAUGCAAGCUUGAAGGAUGCACGAUUGCAUGCUCGCCUCCGCGACGAUUUGGUUGAGCAUAUAUGGGCACGCUUUGGUCCGGUUGACCCGUAG